AUGACCAACACAGGUAACACUCAACUUUCAUCUUUCCGCCUCUGGGUGCUAUUCGUGGUGUCGGUGGUGGAAAUGUCCCUGUUCGCCUCGCCUCUGCUGGGAUGGUCCUCCUUGGUGUUUGUUCUCAAGGGGGAGAGGGUUUUCUUCCAUCUGUGUCCUGAGAAUGUCACUCGAUUGGUUCCCUCUGAUAAUGAUGAGCUCCGUGGCUGCGGGGCGCAAGAUGAUCGCCUCAAUCUCGCGCUUACCAUCGCCUGCUUUGUUAACGCCAUCAUGAUGUUCGUCAUGGGCUGGGCUAUCGACAGGGUUGGCGCCAAAAUGGUCAAGAUACUUUCAAGUGUCCUGUUCGCCAUGUCCGGGGGAUUUCUAGCCCUCACAACACAAAGAACUCCCAUGAUGCUGUUCGCAACUCUUUUGGUGAUGGGGGUUGCUUAUGCUGGAAUAUACGCAUCCAUCACGCGAGGCGUAACCGCUUUUGGCAAAUGGCAGUCGGUGGUGAACAGUGCGUAUAAUUGCGCCAUGCAGUCUUCGGCCCUUACAUUCCUUCUUGUUAAGAUGCUGUACGAGCAUGGCGUAGCGUACCAGACACUGUGCUACGGGUUCGUAGGUGCAUGCACGGCUCUUUUCCUGAGUAGCGUCGUCGUAUUUCCCAACAUUCAAAACAACACUUCCAACUCCACCACCAAACCUGACAAAAUGAGCGAAGCAGCCAGCGGUGAUCUCCUAGGGCACAUGCGUCGUUGCGUGAAGGAGCUGUAUGGUCACGUGACUGGUGGUGUGUUUGUGUGGACUUGUUUAUUUCUCGGGCUGUGUCGAUGGAGGCUAUGGUUCUUUCUGGCGUCUUUCCAAAAGUUUAUGGAAGCACAGCCAGGCACCACUACCGAAACAGUGCGGUCCUACGCCAACUAUUACGGAAUCAUUCAGAUGUGUAGUUUAGCUAUGUGCCCGAUGCUUGGCGCACUGAUAGCCGCUGGACGAGGAACGCUUUCCUUCAAGUCCCUCGCCAACGCGUGCAAACGCCAGGGCGACAAAGUAACCACCAAGAUUGCCGAGGAGGGCUUACUUGAGACCGAGGCAGGCGUGAUGAAGAUCCACAGUCACGUGACUAGUACCCAAACCGUGUGUUGCGCCCGUGAGGUCCGUGGCUGCAUGGCCGCGUUUGGUGGGAGUGGUGUUGUGUUGGUCGCCAUCAACGUACUAGCCCUAAUCCCAAGCGUGAACCUGCAGCUUCUCACGUUCACCCUAAUCUCCGCCCUGAGAUGUUUUUACAAUGGUGGAGUGUCUAAUCUAUUUCUUGUCGCGUUUCCACUGGAAGAUUAUGGAAAGCUGAUGGGAAUAAGUGCCAUUAUUACCGCUGCCAUACAAGCUCUACAGUACCCGACAUUUGUUAGCUUGGAAACGGUCUUUGAUGGCGACAUCAUCUGGUUGAACACCAUGUUUCUCGUCCUCUCCUUACCACUCAGCGUUGGGCUACCUGUGUUCUUGUGGCGCUACUCGAGGAAACUGGACCGGCAAGCUGUGACGUCACCGCAUGACAUGUGUCAGACCACCAUCGUUGUGGAGAGCAUUGUUUAUGAAAGAUUGACAGUUGUGUAGUGCAAGCUUAGCAAAGAUUCUCUAGCCACCGUGCGGCCUGAUGAACAGUGCACAGCGAAGUGCAAGAAAAAGGGUUAAGGGCGCUCGUCUACACGAGCAAAUUUCAUUUUGCAAAUGUGCAUAUGGCACAUUGUAUGUAAGGGGUUGCGUAUCCCAGUCCCAAAAAGUGUUCUACAGUGUAAGUAGAGCAAAAUAUACGAAUAGUUGGAUGAGAUUAAACGCUACUAGACAUACAGCAGACCAGCGGCAAGUCGGCACGUGGACGCGAGCUCGUACUUGGCUUGAGCAUGCAGAUAAUUCCGAUAAAUUAAUACUUCUCUAGCAAACAGCUAAAAAAUAAAUUAAAGCGACUACUGUUGGAAUAAUUAUUUGAAAAUGAAACAUUGUUCUCUUUAA